AUAGUAGAACCGCCUAAAUGAGUCCUCGCCCGCGGAGUACAAGGGGCGCGGGGGUACGACGACAAAGGGGACCGAGAGAGGUGCGGGCGGCGGGCGCAUUCUUGUAAAAACUCAGUUCGCUCGCUACGCGGUUAGCGAUCACACGUGUUGACAGUUGCGGACGCCUUGUGAAAGUUAUACAUGAGAUUACAUUCUCAAGAUGAGUCGAAAUGUUUUCGGACAUAGAAUUAAUAGUCAGUGCAAACAAAUGGCGUUUAACGUAUAUGAAUAUUUUAGAAAAAAGAAACUCGACCCAAAUUCUGAUGAAUAUAAACAAGAUAUACCUUUAAAUAAAACUGUAGCAGAAGUUACUGGAUUAUCAGAAAAGACUGUAUCUAGAAUUGUACAACAAGGGAAAGCAUUAAAUGACAACGAGAGAUUUAAAUCACCAAGAAAACCAAAACAGGUUCGUAGAAAAAGAGUGGAAAUAGACGAUUUCACAAAAGGAGUGGUAAGAAGAAAAGUCACUCAGUUUUACACAAUUUUCAAAAAAAUACCUACUCUGAAAACUUUGAACGCUGUACUUAGAGAAGAGAAUAUAUUACACUGCGGCAGGGAAUAUUUAAGGCUAUUAUUACAUGAUCUAGGUUUUAAAUUUAAGAAAUGCGGAUCUAAAAGGAAACUCCUUAUCGAACAGCCAAAUAUCACAUCGUGGAGGUGGAAAUACCUAAAUACUAUUAAAAAAUAUCGUAGAGAAAGAAGACAUAUUUUAUACCUUGACGAAACUUAUGUAAACGCGUCUCAUAACGUUUCAAAAUGUUGGCAAUCAAAGGAUGAACUUGGCGUUCUAUCUCAUAUUGGUAAAGGGGACCGUUUGAUCAUCGUACAUUGUGGAGGUCAAAUUGGAUUUGUAGACGGAGCCCUUGUGAUAUUCAAAUCCAAAUGUAAAACAGGUGAUUAUCACGAUUCUAUGAAUUUCGCAAAUUUCAGUAAAUGGAUAAAUGAAAAGCUCAUGCCUAAUAUACCGCAAAAUUCUGUCAUAGUAAUGGACAACGCAGCUUAUCAUUCGGUUCGAGAAGAGAAAAAGCCAACUAUGGCUUCUACCAAGCCAACUAUGCAAGAAUGGCUACGACGACAUAACGUGCCUUUUGAUGAAAAACUUAGAAAAGAUGACUUAUAUAAAUUAAUUAAAAGCCAUUUCACAGAAGAUAUUUACAAAAUUGACGAGGUAUUGAAAAGAAACGGACACGAAGUAUUGCGUUUGCCUCCAUAUCACCCAGACCUGAACCCCAUUGAGUUGGUCUGGGGUGAUAUCAAAGGACAAUUAGCACAAAAAAGUAUCGACUCUAAUUUGGACCAGAAAAAAGAAAUAUUAGAGAGAUUAUUUGCUGAAUAUCCCAAAGAGAAAUGGGAGAAUUGUGUUAAACACGUGAUUAAAAUCGAAGACGAAUAUUGCAAACAUGAUGGAGCACUAGAUGAAGUUGUUGAUUUUAUUAUUAAUGUGCAAGACGAUUCUGAUGAUUCUGAUGAUGGCUGUUUCGAAAGUGAAGAAUCAAGUUCCAGUGAUAUUGAUAUUAUGGACAUAAGUGAUUGAUUUAUAAUUUUGAUAAAUUUUGCAUAAAUAAAUAUUACAUACAUAACUUUAUUACCUUUUUUUUACCUACAUAUCAUACCUAUAUAUCAUAAAAUCACAUUUUUAUCGAAUUGUUUUGUAUGAAAAAUAAAAAUUUGAAAAUAACAAUAAUCGAAAAAUGCUUAUGCUAUUUAAUUCAUGUACGU